ACCCUUACUACAAAGAAAGGUCAAUGUCCCCAGGAGGUGGAGAUAGCCGACUGCAUGCAGACCCUGUUCCGGGGCAACAGCUUGGCCUCUAAGAUCAUGGCCUACUGCUUCCGCUUCUACGGCCAGUGGUACCUGCGGGAGCUGCUCAACCCGCUGCUGCUGGGCAUGUUUGAGAUCGAGCGCUCGGAACAUUACAUCUCCUACGAGGUGGAUCCAGCCAGACUGGAGCCCGGGGAGAACAUUGACGAGAACAAGCAGAACUUGUUGAACAUCACUCAGAAAGUCUUCAACGCCAUCGUGGGAUCCGCGCCACAGUUCCCGGCCAAGCUGCGUAGUAUGUGCCACUGCCUUUACCAAGUUGUUACACAGCGCUUUCAGCAAAGUAGUUCUGAGGCAGUCUGGACUGUCAUCGGAACCGUGAUAUUCCUCCGCUUCAUCAACCCGGCCAUAGGUAAAUGAUCCAUGCUACGCUACCAAUGCAACACUGUGUGCACACACAAUGCAUAACAACGUUGUUGUCUUGUGUGGACUGUGUGUGAGAGUUGAA